GGCGGUGUUGCAAUGAAAUUACCCCCCGAAUUCGCCAUAAACGCUCCUAUCUCCGUGGCUAUGCACCACCAAUUUUAAGUAGAAGCCUGGUGUUUGACCAUCCUUGAACCUAGCCAGGUUACACGCGAGUGAUUUAUCCAGACCCCCCCCCCCCCCCCAUUUUUGGCAACACGUCCGGUUCCUGAUAAUCUACAACAUGCGUCACCUGGAGCGCGUGCGAAAGCCACGAUCAACGAAGAAGACAUACACUCUGUUUUCGACGUUCGAUUCCGGAGGCCCAUUACCAGAAUUUUUGCUAGGUUCAACAGCGAUCGUCCUUUCGUGCUAUACGGACCAUCAUUCUAAGGUGAUUCCAGCAUUCUUAAACAAAUGCCUUGCACGCAGGGACGCAUAACAGGCUUCAGCCUCAUCUCGCUCGUGAUCAACGUGUUCGGAAUCACGGAAACGGUCGUGAUCGGCGCCAUCCCCACCGCAGAAGACAUACCUGAACCACGAUCGGUUCUGAUGGUGCUCCUUGCACUCAAGUCACUGGAAUGCUCCAUCAACUCUUUCAUGGACAUUGCGCUCUUUUUUGGAUUUGGAAUGAAACCUUUAGUCCCCUUGAGGGUGUACAAUCGGUGGAAUUCUGUAGCCACCGUAGCGUGCGUCGGAAUCAAUGUGGGCAUUUUAAGUACGAAAUACAAGGAUACCCCCGUCGAAGUCCCUGAGCGGAAACCGAAAAACACGACGGAGUCCGAAGGUUUUGACCUGACUUCGUUCGCACGGAGCGCCUCAAAAUACACUACGAAAGAAUACUUCCUCUUCCGGCUGGCUACGACCGUCUUCGCUUUCUGUGGGAAGCUGUGUGUGCUCUUCGAUAUGCUGGUCUUCGAAUAUAAUCUAGCAAGAGGUCGCAUCCGUCUAAAUCAGGUGGCCAAUAACUAGGUCAGGCACCUGCUUCCAGCAACACGUAGAUAAUAAAAGAAAACAUACUGUC